AUGGAACUCGUGACAUCUGUUUUUUCAGAGCAACAUAUUGAUAUUUUGCUCUGGUUACUUCAGGUCAACAAUGUAGACAAUAUGCCUUUGGUGAAGUCUGUCAAACUCAUCAAAGACACUAUUCAACGAUUAUGUGGUAUCCACUCAAUCCCUUAUGAUGGUGCUCUUGGGCAUAGGUACUAUGUUAACUCACUGCCUGACAUUAUUUGGCAGGAAAUGAUGAAUCCUCGAGUUCGCCCACUGUUACACUUCUACCCUGAAGAUACUGGUAUCAAACUGAAUGAAGCUCAACAAGCUAAACAUUGGCUUGAGGAACUCGACCCGGAGCUGCUUAUGCCUGUUGUUAGACUGCACAACCAAGAUUUCUUUAUGUACACUAAAGCUUGGUCAUUGCAGCCUGUCGCUCAUGAACUAGAUUGUGGUUGGGUUGUAGAAAAUUUUCAUUCAUUUGAAGUAUCAGAAGACGAUCUUCUUGUAUCAUUCAAAAACUGGGAUUUGAGUAAAGCAACAUCUGGUCUACCUUGCACAUACUCAAUCUAUGGUGUUGAAUGUGAACCAAAUGGCAAAUUGCAGCCAUGGACAUUAACCAAUCCUUCUGAAGGCAACCGAUGGCAUGUUUGGGCAUCAGGUGCUCGUGUAUUUGCAAUGCCUCUCUGGUUAUACUGCGACGACACAUCGGGAAACUUGUUGAAGAAGUGGAACAAGCACAAUUCAUUCCUUUUUACAGCUGCGGGAUUGCUGCAAGCAGAAGUUCACUGGGAGCACAACAUCCAUUUUCUUUGUACAUCAAAUCUUGCCCCUCCACUUGAAAUGUUGGAUGGUAUUGUAGACCAACUUGAAGAAUCAUGGAAGCAAGGCAUCUGGACCUGGGACUGUGUCCACGAGGAGUAUGUUCUUGUCAUUCCCUCAAUGGCCUGUCAUAUUGGGUCAAUGGGAAAAUAUUUUUGCCAUAUUUGUAAAGUGAAGGGGCACAAUGCAAGCAGUGCAGAGAGCAAUCUGGCACAAGCAGCUGCUGCACAGCCUGAAGAUACCAACCACAGUGUUGGUGAGAAACGAGCAAAAGAGACCAUGGAGGAGAUGGUAACAUGGGUCAAGCGGUUUGUAAAGAUAGGAGAACCACAUUACAAGAAUGAAACUGUCACUGAACUCAAGUCAAUGUUCAUUCAUGCAUCAACAGUUGGGAAUCAGACCCAGAUCAAGCAAAGAAAGACUUUUACAGGCAUCAAGGACACCUUUCUAGAUUCAUUCUUGAAUCACUUAGCUGAAUCCCACUGCAAAAUCUGGGGUGGUAACAAGGCAAAGCAGGAAGCACUCAAUAGAGUCAGAGAGACACUGCCCAAAAAUGUUACGAGUCCUGUGUGGCGAAUCAAAGGUAUUGAUCCUCACACUGACACACCAGUGGAAAUCCUUCACACAGUCCUUCUUGGAUUUGUCAAAUACCUUUGGUGUGACAUUGUCUCUGUAAGGAUUGGAAAAGACAAAUUGAAGCAUGAACUUUUAGAAACUCACCUAUCAUCUGUUGACAUCUCAGGUCUUGGACUCAGCCAUCUUGCUGGUCACACCCUUGUUAAAUAUGCAGGGUCUCUUGUUGGUCAUGAGUUUCAUACCAUUGCGCAAGUUGCACCCUUCGUGCUUCAUGACUUGGUACCCACAGAAUGCUAUGAUACUUGGGUUGCAUCAUCAAACCUGAUACCACUCAUCUGGCAGCCUGAAAUUGAAAAUUCCACAGAACAUUUGCACAAUCUCACAACAUCAAUCAAUAACUUCCUUGCAUGCACCGCCAGGUGGACUCCUCAAUGGUUCAAUAGGCCUAAAUUUCACAUUCUAUUACAUGCAUUCAAGUCCUUCAAUGCUGUCAUCCAUGCAAAAAGUAUCCAUUCAAACCACUGUGCUCCUUCUUGGGAUAUUGCACAUUCUUUUGCCCAUGGAAGGGCACAAAUACUCAUACACACUGAUACAAAUGACAUUCACUCCAAUUCUCUUGAUCUUAUCCAAGCCUCUGAUCCCUCAUCAGACAAGCUGCCGGAUGUUAUAAAUGUCAAAGUUAUUGGAAAGGGUCCAUUGUCACUUGUUCAAUGGCCAAAUAUUAUCACUGACUACCUCAGACUCAACACACAAACUGACACUAACAAAUAUGGUAAAGUUCAAUUUUACACAAGUUCCAACUUUGAGAAAUACAAUACUAAGGGACAUAAUUUCCAUACUUGCAAGUCUGUGGUACUCUUCAAUGGGGAUGUAUGUAAGAUAGGAGACUGGGUCCUUGCAGCAAAGGGCAUAGCAGAGCAAUCUCCAAUUGUAUGCCAAGGCUCAGAUGCAGAUAAGCUUCUGUGUCCAGAUGCAAUUCUUCUGGAAUGUGGAAGUGUUGGCAAACCAGCAGCAUCCUACUCUAUGCCUGCAGUCAGGGCACAUGGUGGUUUUUUACUCUAUCUUGUUGAGCAAAUUUUAUGUGCAGCAAAUUUGCAGCAUCAAUGCUGA